AUGGAUCAACCAUUGCCGAGACGAGUCAUGUACACAGUUUCCUCCAGUAGGCGACAGACUAUGGAAAAGCUAGCUGUACACGGAGAACAUGCGGUUAGCCUGACUUCAGCCAUCCUAUCCCCUCAUCAGCCGGAUCUGAUGAUUGUCGGAACUGACAGCGGUGGAGUCCUCAUGUGCAAUCUAACACCAACAAUACGAUAUCAAUCUCCUGUGGAAUUUGCCCUGUCUCGACAGAUGGGUCCCAUUGAAGCACUAGACUGGUCAAGAAGUGAACGAAAUCUGGUACUCUCUUGCGGAUCAGGAACAACCAUUCAAAUCCACAACACCCUUCAAAGUGACCUGUCAGUAAAUUUGGAUCUAGGCCAAGGGAAUAUCUUAGCCGCCCAAUUUCUUCCAGAUCAUCCAAGCAUUGUUCUGUGCACCACCGAAAACGGCACUCUGUCCGUGUUCAAUCUGUUGAGUGAAUCCGGCGAAUCGAAUGAAAAUUACGAAUCAGACCAUGGCCCGAAUCUGAUCUGUUGCGUGAACCCAUCACACGAGCUCCGGGACACGAUGAAACUAACUCCAACCCCGAUGAUCUCAUUGGCUUGCAACCACGAAGAUUACCGUUUUGUGGCUACCGGGGAUGCGGACGGUCGGACGUGGAUAUGGCGGUUCACUGGUCUACCGCAUCUGUCUGCUGCACAAUCAAAAUCGUCCGUCCUAGAUCGAUUGUUUGCGAGGCCUGUGGAGUAA